AUGAACGCUCGUAGAGAGAGCUGGGCCAGAGUCGCUGCUGGUUCAGUCGGCAGCAACAACUCAUUCCAACAGCCUGCGCGCUCCACACCCUUCUCACACUUUGUCAACAACUCCGCGGCAGCGCAUGCGAAUCGGCUCUCACGCUCCAUCGACGCCGACGGCCACAUGUCUACAAGCUUCGGAAGGGGCGGCGGACCACUGCCUUCCUACUCGAGCCAGUCUGGCUAUUGGCAGGGUCUGGGAGGGUCUGCCCAAGAUGUACCUCCCUUCUUUGUGCCCUCAUAUCUCCGAGGGUCCAAGCAUGCAGAGAAGCUACAUGAGGCGCACAAGGCGAAGUUGACCGCGCAUCGCGAAUUCAAGUCGACGCACUCGUCCAAUGCGGGGUCACUCUCAACGAGCUCCAGUAGCGUGAAUCUACAUAAAAUACCACCUUCACAUCGAGGUCUCACGCAUGAGGUUGUCGAGCGCGCACCGGUAUUUGUGGAUGAGCCAGUGGCGCCUUGGCCGACAAGGUGGAAUGAUGGAGACCGGUUCAAUCAGCUGGAGCUCGAGGAGAGUGGGAGACUAGCCAAGUUCUCGGGCACGCAGAAGACACACGAUGAGGCAGCAGCGGUGCGAGCAGACUUUCCAAUGCCUCGGCAGUGUGGCAUCUAUUACUUUGAGAUUACCGUCAUCUCCAAAGGAAAGGACGGGAGAAUGAUCGGAAUCGGCUUCUCCGGACCAAAGGUUGCCUUGAGCCGGAUACCAGGCUGGGAACCGGACUCGUAUGCAUAUCAUGGUGAUGAUGGUCAGGUAUUCAGUAACACUACUUCGGGGAGGUCAUAUGGGCCCAAGUUUGGCACAUUGGACAUCAUCGGUUGUGGCAUCAACUUUCGAACCAACACCGCCUUUUUCACAAAGAAUGGGCAUCUGCUAGGCACCGCUUUCCGGGAUCUGAAGCCGAACAUGCCUUAUUACCCCACAGUAGGCAUGAAGAAGCCAGGUGAAACAGUACGAGUAAACUUUGGUCAAGAACCCUUUAACUUCGAUAUCGACAAAAUGGUGCACGACGAGAAGGCAGCUAUACAGGCCGAGAUCGCUCGGACAAAGUUUGAGUCUUAUGCAGGCGGCAGCGAGGACGCGUUGAUACAUCAACUAGUGGGGCAAUAUCUGGCUCACGAUGGCUACGUGGAGACUGCGCGGGCUUUCUCGGAUGAGAUUGUUGAGGAGGCGAGAACGCUUGCGAAUGGCGAAGAUGAGACUAUCCCUUACCGGACAGCAGUGGAGGACUUGGACGCACUGAACCGGCAAAAAAUACGUACAGCGAUUCUCGAUGGCGAUAUUGACAAGGCACUGAAGCACACAAGCGCAUAUUAUCCCUCUGUGCUUCGGGACAACGAGAACAUAUAUUUCAAACUUCGCUGCCGAAAGUUCAUCGAGAUGAUCAGACGAUCUAGUGAAAUGACAGCGCAGUGCAGGGCCUCCAAGCGAUCGGCUCCUUCUGCAACAAAUAAGCGGAACUCUACAGCGACGGAGGAAUAUGAUUUCGAGAUGGAGCUAGAUGAGCAGCUGGGCGUUCACAACGCACCACCGAGCUGGGACAACAAGGACCAAGACGAUGAACUAGACGACGAUGAUGACAUGGAAGACAAAGAGACCAAGAUCGCACGAGCAACGAAUGACACGAUUACAUAUGGCAUGGAACUCAGAACCGAAUUCGCAAACGACCCCAGACGGGAAGUCAAGAAGGCUCUCGAGGAUACUUUCGCACUCAUCGCCUACCCUGAUGCACGAGAAAGCAUGUUGGCGCCAUUAUUAGAAGUCUCUGGUCGCGCACCGGUGGCGGAGGAGCUUAAUAGCGCGAUAUUAGUCUCUCUAGGCAAAUCCUCCUCAGCCGCGCUCGAGCGCCUAAUCCAACAAACCGAAGCCCUGGUAGCUGAGCUCGCUGACGAUGGCGGCCCCGGCGCCUUCAUCAACGUCCGAAGUGACUACUUACAAUAGUAUAAUCCAGUAUCA